UCUGCUUAUUCUGACAGUUUCAUUUUCAUCCGAUCUGUGGUUGGUUUUCGUAUCACGAAUUUCACUUGAAAACUUGGAUGUUUAACGCAAUUUAAUGAGUCGAAGUGCGAAAGUUUGAUUUUAACGUAAAACUAUUUAAAGAAAGCAAUGUGAAUAAUUAUCCGUGUUCUACGAAAAUACGCGGAAAUGUGUCGAGGAAUGUUAUGGUGUUAUGUUCUUGCAUUGACGUUAGUGGAUAUUUCACCGCAUACAAAAUUGACAGCUCAUGGGAAAAGUCAUGAUGCCACAUUACAUGACACUCUCAUAGAAGGAUUAAAUUUUCAAGAAUGGGGCGGCUCGGGGCUGGCGGAGGCGGGCGCGGCGGGGGCGGCGGCGCCGGAGGGCGUAGCGCUGCAGCCGGCGGCUUUGCACUUCGGGCCGGCCGCGCUCGCCGUGCCACACUUGCGCUCCGUCACUCUCACCAACACCGGCAACGCCACACUGCACCUCGCCUCCGUCGCCGGCACCACGCCGGAUUUCCAUGCUUCCUUCUUCGAGUCUAAGACGCUGGCGCCGCUCGCCAACACCACCUUCAGCGUGGUGUACCUGGGCCGGCGCGCGGGGCACGUCGCAUCGCACCUCUACAUACACACCUCGCUCGGCGUCUACAAGUACCCCGUGUCCGCGGUGGGCGUGGCCAGCGAGUACGAGGUGUGGCCGCUGGUGGGCGUGCGCGUGCCCGUCAACGCCUCCGUGGAGCCCGUGCUCUCGCUGCACAACCCCACCGACCACGUCAUACAGGUGCGGGAGGUGUACUCGUCGGGCGCGUGGGUGGGGCUGCAGCUGCCGGCGGGCGGGGCCAGCGCGCCGCGCGACGUGUGGGCCGUGCCGCCGCACGCCACGCGCGACAUCGUGCGUCUGCGUCUGCGUCUGCCGCCGCCCGCCACCGACCUCGACGACUCCGAGGCGCAGCGCCCCCUCACCGCCUACGUGAGGGUGAAGGCGAACGUGCCGGGCGGCGCGCUGGUGGUGUGCGUGGAGGCGCGCGCGGCGCCCGCCGGCGAGCACGCGGCGCCGCUGCACCUGCACAUGCGCGCGCGCGGCUCGGAGGACCCCGCACUCACGGUGCGGCUGCGGGCGGGCAACAGCGCGCGCAGCGGCGUGCGGCUGGAGGCGGCGGUGCGCGGCGCGCGCUGCGUGCCGGAGCCGCACGCGCCGGGCGACCCCUGCGAGCCGGAGCACGCGCACGCGCACGCGCACAACGGUGUGUACGGGAGGGAGGUGUUCGCUUGUGGGGGCGCGGCGGAGGGCGCGGCGGGCGCGCGGCUGGCGGUGCUGCGCGCGGACCUGCCUCCGCUGCACGACUUCACCGACGUCGCGGACCUCACUCUGAACUUGACGCGAGGUGUCGCGUGUUGCAGCUUCGUGCGGGGGGCGGGCGGCGGGGCGCUGCGGGCGGUGUCGCUGCGCGCGCACAACACGAGCCCGCUGCCGCUGCACGUGGCCGGCGUGGAGCUGUCGGCCGACGCCGCGCCCUACUUCCAGGUGACGGAGGCGGGGCCGCGCGUGGUGGGCGCGGGGCGGAGCGCGGCGCUGGCGCGGCUGCAGCCGCUGCCGGCGGCGCUGCGGGACAACGUGACGCUGGCCGGCGCCGUCACGCUGCGCACCAACCUCUCGCACUACCGUGUCCCGCUGCUCGUCUACAGCGGCCGCUUCCUCCUGGAGUGGGAGUGGCCGUGGGGCGGGGAGGGCGGGGAGGGCGGUGAGGGCGGCGCUGUGUCGCUGGGCGCGCUGGGCACGUCUGCGUCGCGGCGCGUGGGCGUGCGGCUGCGCAACCCCGGGCCGGCGCCGCUGUGCGCUCUGGAGCUGGCCGCCGAGCUGUCCGCCGGCUCCGCGCAGUUCACUCUGGCCGGCUGCCCCGCGGCUCCGCCUGACCACCCUUGCCGCUGUGUGGAGGGCGGUGCGUGGGCGCAGGCGUGGCUGGUCGUGUUGGCGCCCGCGCGCGGCGGCGAGCUGCGCGGGCACGUGCGCGUGCGCAGCCAGCACGCCAGCACCGACGCCACGCUGUCGCUGCGCGCGCUGCCGGGCCGCCUGCACGCGCCGCCGCUGCGCCUGCCCGACGCCGCGCCGUUCGCGUGGUCGGCGGCCGAGCUGGUGCUGGAGAGCACCAUGGAGCUGGAGAUGUUCGUGACGAACGUGACGCAGCCGGCGCCCGACCCCGCGCUCUCCUACAUCGCGCCGGCGGGAGGGCGCGCGGCGGUGCGCUUGGGCCGGCAGGCGGUGGGCGCAGUGCGGUACGCGCCCGAGCUCAGCUGCCACCCCGACUGCUACACCGGCCUCGACUUCGACUCUCCCGAGGGGCGGGCGUGGCUGAGCCGGCUGGCGGCGUGCGGCGCGGCGGGCGAGGCGGCGCUGGCGCAGGACGCGGCGCUGGCGGCGCGUCGGCUGGCCGCCUUCCUGCGCCUGCAGCAGCUCCAGCCCGCGCCCACCAACCUGUCGCUGCACCUGCACACCACCGAGGUGAUGCAGAUCCCGGUGUCCGGCUCGGUGCGGCUGCAGUGGCCGCGCGUGUCGGCGGCCGCCGGGGGCGCUGUGGGCGCGGGGGGCGCGGGGGGCGUGCUGGCGGCGGUGGGCGCGACGCGGUUGCUGCGCUUGUGGGCGCGCAACCCGUCCGGCUCGCACUCGCUGCUGCUGCAGCCGGUGGUGGGCGACGACCUGCGCCUACCCGACAUGGCGGGCGGCGAGGAGCGGUGCGGCAACGGCAGCUGCGUGUGGGCGCCGCACGCCUUCCGCCUGUCCGGGUGGCGCGCUCUUCGCGGCGACGUUUCCGAGUGGACGCCCGUGGGCGAGAGCGAGGGCGCGGACUGCCACGUUGCGCCCACGCUGCUGCUGGCGCCGCAUGCGCAGAUCGAGCUGACGCUCACGUUCGCGCCUCGGCAGGCCGCGCUGCUGGCCGCCUACCUGUACCUGCGGGUGGAAAGAAAAAGGAGACUAAAAUUAGACCUCCGGCAAAUCAACUCGACGCCCGUCUUCCUCGUGGACUCGGUGAGCGAGUGCGGCGAGGCGGGCGAGGUGGGCGAGGCGGGCGGCGCGGUAGUGCGCCGCAGCGUGGUGGUGCGCAACACCGGGCGCGUGCCCGUGCGCCUACGCGAGUGGCGCCUCGCCGGCCGCCCCUGUCAGGCGCGCGGCUUCCGUCUGCAGCCCUGCGCGCCCCUCGCCCUCGCGCCCGACGACUCCCGCACCCUGCACCUCGCCUUCGCGCCCGACUUCACGCUCGCCCGCGCCACCGCGCGCCUACAGCUGCGCUCCGACCACGGCCGCGCCGAGUUCCUACUGCAGGCCGCCGUGCCCGCGCGCCUGCUGCCCCGCUGCGCCGCCGCCCUGCCGCGCCCGCCCUGGGAGCCCACGCUGCGCCUCGCCGCCGCGCUCCUCGCCGCUCUCGCCCUCCUCCUCCUCCUCGCCGCCGCCGCCUUCGACGCCGAGCGGCUGCUGCGCCGCGCCCGCGCCUCCCGCGCCUCGCCCCAGCCCCGCGCGCCCCUCGAUCUGCGCCUCGCGCCCAGCCUGCCGCACCGCCCCGCACCCGCGGCGCCCCCGCCGCUCCGCGCCCCGCCGCCCGCGCGCCGCCGCCGGGCCCCGCGCCGUCCCCUGCCGCCGCUGGAUCCCCUCGCGGAAAGGCGCGCCUUCGAGCGAUGGCGCGCCGAGGUGCUACGACGCGCCGACGACGAGGAAUCCCACUCGAGCGAGGAUACGGACUCCGUGUGCGUGGAGGCCGAGCCGCCUCCGGCGAAGGGCGCCGAGCGCGCCGCGCCCUCGCCGGACGAUGAACCGUGCGAGUCGCGGCCCAACACGCCGCCCGACCUCGAGGAGUACGCGCCCGACCCCGAGCCCGACGACGACGAGGACCGGCCCUCCAAUAGCGCCGACGAGGAAUGCAUCUCCACCGGCUCCGAGGGCUCCUCCCCCGCCAGCGUCGAGCCCGAGGAGCGCUCCGAGCCCGAGGAGAGCGAGGCGCCCGUCGAACGAGAUUCGCCCGUCCGAGCGGAUCGGCUCCCUGCCGCGCCGCUCGGCUCGCCGGCCGACACGAGCGCGGAUGUCUCCCCUCGACCGUCGCGAGCGCGGCGCCAGUCGGGCGAGGCGAGCCGGCGCCUAGAGAGGCCGCGCCCCGCCGGCGAUACGGCUCCGGCGCUCAUAAAGACCGCCAAGCAACAUAGUCGCAAGGAAAAGAGCGUGAAACGUCGCGCCGAGCGACCCAGCGCGCCGCCCUCGCGCGGCUCCCCGGCGCCGCUCGAGGUGGAGGUGGCGGGCGUGGGCGCGGGCGCGGGCGCCGGCGCGCCUGCCGUACGCUGGGGCGCCUCCUGG